AUGUCUGGGAUGGACUACGAUCGUCGGUCCCAAGUGUCAUCCUUCUAUGGUGGUCGCAAAAGCUCAGAUGCCCUCAAUGCUGACUUCUCUCCAUCGGCACCCCAGUACGGCCAGCCUCAGCACACAAGACUUGAUUCUGCAUCGUCCUUCUACAAUGCAGAUCCAAACCCUCGUACCAGCGUAGAUGUGCACGGUGGUAAACGUGGUGCCGGUUACAACCGCAUGUCGUUCAUUCACACUGGGAGAGAGGAACCCGUGAAGGGAGGCGCGGACGAGGAGAGCAUGCUGUCGAAGGACGACGGUUGGGAUAUUUACGCGGACUUUAACAAUGCCGGUCCCCGCUACUCUUCUGCUUUCGUCAGCAAUGAUUCUGGAUACCGCCAAGUUCCUUCACCGUCUCCCCUCAAGCUGGAAGAGAAUUUAAACAGCGGGGCACCUGUUGAACUGGUCACAGUUCCGGCGCUUGGUCCAGAAUGGAAAGCCGAAGAACUUCGUGGCAUGACGAAGGCGGCGCGGCGAGAGGAAGCACGCGAGUCGUUUGCGCAGAAAUGGACUGCCUGGAAUCGGGGCGAGCGCGGAUGCUGUGGGAGGUACGGCACAAGACGGUUCACGGUAUACUUCGUAUUUGGCUUGUGUAUCGUCGUUGGGAUUAUCCUUGCAUUUACUAUCCCAAGAGUACCAAGCUUCGCGUUUAGCAACACCACUCCAUUGGGAAAUGCUACUGCCCCAUUCAACGAGACGAUCCCUACGGAAUUCUCGCGCUCUCCCGCCAAUUUCAGUUUUCCAGCCGUUGCGAACAUACAAGUCAACACUCAAGGGAAUUUCAUCCCUUUACAUAUCUCGAGCAUGAACGCGCUUGUCUACGACCUCACCACCGGCAGACAAGUCGCCACUGGCCAUACCGGUUCACUUACAUUGCCAGCCAAGGCGUAUCCGUAUAUCCAAGUUCCGCUUAAUUUCUCGUAUAUUGCCUCAAACGACUCGGACCAGACCUGGGCAAAUUGGUACAACGCGUGCAAGAACCCAGCCGCGAUCACUGAAGGAUCACGCCCUCCCGUGCAAUUCAACUUCUUUCUCGACAUGUCGAUUAUUGGACUGGUGGGUAAGAAGUCCACCUCGGCUGCGGUCACUGAAGCAUCGUGUCCAAUCACGUUAUCGUUAAACUCUGUUUGA